GACACUUUUAACAUCUACUCUUUAUUGCCAGAUUACAUCUACUCCAUAGUAGAUUCUCUAUGCUACUUACGUGUCACGAAGUUGUCAAAAAGAAAACUGCUACAGAAGUUUUUUCAAAAUGCUUCAAUUUUGUGGGGUAUGUUAUAUGUGUUUGAGUAUUUGGGGUAUAAUCCAACUGGUAAUAAUGGGUGUAUUAUACAGGAUGGAAUCCCUGGGUUUAAUCGAGGAUACUGAAGAGCAUCAUUUCUCUGAUUUGGAUGACUUUAUAAAGCGCACCCAAGAAAACUAUAGGACUGUAUCGACCAACUGCUUCAUCGCCGCUGCCAUUUAUGUAGUGAUACUAGGCUGUUCGUUGCUGUGCCUCUGGAAGGCGAAGAAGGCCGAGAAAAUGAAGGAAGCUAAGCUGCUGGAUGACAAGUUGAGCUGCACAUUCGAAGUUGUUGAGUUAACGGAGAAGCAAAAGAAAAAGAUCAAGUAGGAAGAAUCUUUUUUGGUGAAAAUACUAAACCGACAUUUUUUGCGAUUCGCGCGGGGUAAACAAACACAGAUUGCGCCGUUACCUACAUCUACAGUUUUUAAGGGAGAGAUAAUGAAACAUUACCAGCAGUAACUCUUCUAACGUACUCCGCUCCUAUGUACCUACACGGCGCUCAUAUUCCAUGGUUACGGUCCCCUGAGUCACGCUGGUUUUAUGGAAAAUUAUGCUACUGAAAUUAUGCAAGCAUGCAUGUAGUCUAUGUUUGUAGGUGCAAAUUAAGGAAAGGGCUUGUUAACACCAGAAAAAUGCAUGUUUGAAUAGUUUAAGAAGCAUAAUUUUGCAUAAAAGCAGCGUGACUCAGGGGACCGUAACGAUGGCAAUAACAAGCAAGAAAAAGUUGAUUCAACCCAUUUAUACUGCGUGAUAUAAGUUUGUUAGAAGAGUUACAGGUCUUAGACUGUACUAAUGUCCUCUAGAAUGAUUUUUAUAUGUAUACCUAAUAGUAUUACCUAUUAGGUUUUUCAGUGUAAAGUAUUUGACCUGAAGCUUUCUUAUUUAGUGGCCCAGGUGUUAUUUAUUCCGGUCGAUGGAACCGAAAUGCGGCAA